AGUGGCUGGUGGUGGCUACUGGCUCAUCCUCGCCUCACUUACCAUAACUCUCGCCUCUCCUCGUCACUGUCAUCAUCUGAGUCUACCUUCACCCACUUUAUUACACUCAGUGAUUCUUGCCUACAAUAUUGACUUAGUUACCCAGGACUGUCAUACUCCAGUAGUGUCAUAAACUUAAGUUGUAAACCUCAACUUGAUCCUCAGUAAUCACAAUGGCAGUUUGUGAGGGAUCUGCCAGAUGGCUUAUAGAUGAGAUAAUGAAAGCUACUUGGCAGGUGGAGGUGUUGGUGUGGUUAGGGAUCUUCUACCUGUGCAAGGUGGCUCUAGGUGUGGCCUGGGAGGUAGGUACAGGACUCAGGACACAUCUCUGGUCCAAGAUGGUCACUAGGGACCUGCCACGGGAGUACGGCGGCAGAUGGGCAGUUGUGACAGGGGCCACAGAUGGCAUCGGGAAGGCAUAUGCUAUUGAACUGGCCAAGAAGGGUAUGAAUAUUGUACUGAUCUCCCGCACACAGGAGAAGUUGGAGAAAGUUGCCCAGGAGAUCCGUGGCCAGUAUGAAGUUGAAACUGAUAUCGUACGAGCAGAUUUUACUGAUGGUCGACCCAUUUAUGAUAACAUUAGGAAACAUCUUGAAGGAAAGGAGGUUGGAAUUUUAGUGAACAAUGUUGGAGUGGUUGGCUCUAUUCCAUGUCUCUUCAAAGAUGCACCAGAAGACGAUAUCUGGACACUUUUGAAUGUCAACUCUGCAGCUGUACCAGCUAUGAUCAAGUUAGUGUUGCCUGGCAUGAUGGCACGCAGGAAAGGGGCCAUUGUCAACAUCAGCUCAAUGGCAGGGAGUUUUCCUCUUCCGCUUUUGCAGAUUUACUGUGGAACGAAGUCCUUCGUCAAUCGCUUCUCUGAAAUUUUGGAAUUUGAGUGUCGAUCAUCUGGCAUCACUGUCCAGACUCUCAUUCCUUUUGCAGUGUUGACAAAUAUAGUGAAGCUUGAUCCACCUAUAACGAAAGAAGGUUGGACGAUGCCGUUUCCAUCGAGGUACGCUUACCAUGCACUCUCAACUCUUGGUUACGCUCAGUGUACCACAGGCUACUGGGCUCAUAGUCUGCAGAUCUGGGCUCUAGGAAAGAUACCAUCAUGGCUGCUGAUGCCUCUUCUCUUGAAGAUGAUGAAUUCUUUUCUAAAGGAACACAAAAAAGUUCUCUAAAAAUUGAGCUGCAAAUUUCCUAGUAUUAAUACCUAUAAUGAAAAUCAUUUUAAUGGGGCUCUCAAUCCUUGCCUAGUAUGUCACCCACAACAGUCAUCUAAUACCCAAGUACUUGUUUGCUGAUGAGUGAAUAAUAGCAGUUGGUUUAAGAACAUUUGUCCAUACAUGUUGCCCUUCCCAGAAUACCAACCACAACAGUCUACUUAACUCUCAUGUACCAGUUUACUGCUAGGCGUCCAGGGGAAGCAGAUAUUAGGAAAUUUGUUGAUGCAUCUUGUCUGACUCAGGAGUAACCAACAUUCCCUCGGUUAUGAGACCAAUGUUCCACCACAGAAAUGUGAAAGUAGAGUAAUAUACAUAAAUGGUCUUUUAUUUCAUCAAGUUUAGCUGUUUGUAGAAACUGGCCUUAUAUUAUUGUUUAUAAUUAGUACAUAUAUAGUUAUUAUGGCCACAUUUGUGACCAUGAUAAUUGGUGUAGGUAGUUUGCUGUUAUUGAUCCCAUGUAUAUUUUAAAUAGAUCUCCGGUAAUAAUAUGGAUUGUUGCUUUGAUACCACAAAUGUACUUCCAUGUACAUAUAAACUAUAAACAAUUUUAAAUAUACUUUCAGCAAGCACUAAAUUUCAUUUUUCCUUUUUCGUAAUUCUUAUAAACGUUUUCUUAUUUAAUAUAGUAAUCCUGAUGUGACCAAACAGUGGGUAUUCUUUCUGAUCUUUAAUAUUGUUUAUUCCAGACUACACUACUGUAUUUACCCUAAAUUAUACAAUAUUUUAUUCGUAUCUUAUAAUUGGAGCUGCCCUUCCCUUCUUUAGAUCAAAUCUUACUCUCUCCCAUUUUCCAACAUUGUUAGACCUACACAGGUUUAGUAUUUCCCCAUAAAUAUGUUAAUAACGUACUUCCUUUGCUGUUCUUGAUCCCAUGUAAGUACAGUAUAAUAUACUGUAAGUGAAUUGCUCGGUUCAUAGCGCACUCAGCCUACACACUGAGGUCAGUGGUUCGAUCCCGGUACAGGUAGAAACACUGGGGGUGUUUCCCUAAGGCACCUGCUGCCCCUGUUCACCUAGCAGUAAAUAGGUACCUGGGUGUUAGUCGACUGUGGAUCAUAUCCUGGAGACAAAAUUAACUUAAUUUGCAAGAAUGCUCUGCAAACCCAGGGACUUUCUAUACAGUAUGUCAGUGAUGUCAGGUACGUCUGUGUAUGUUGUAUUAUGUACUUUCAGAAAUA